AAAAGACACGCUCUGCCCUGUUCGGCCCGUUCGCCCAGCUCCGAGUCCCCGUCCGACAGUCCCUCCGCCGCCGGAGCUCCUCCGCCACCCCCGCCGUUAUCGCCGGUCCCCUGCCGCCCUCUUCCCCGCACGAGCCCGCCCUACCUCUCUGCACUCUCCUCCUCGCGGCCCCGUCCAUCCUUCUCCUAGGCUCCCCAAUCCUGAUUCCUGAAUCCUGUAAAGAGCGGAGAGGGGAGAGCACCGAACCCGUCACUCCCGUCUUCCCCGCCGCGGCGGCGCGCCGUCACCGCUUCUCCCAGCAACCUUCACCCACACUCCUCCCCAGACCUCCACAACCCUAUCCUUCAUCGUAUUCUCCACAAAUCCUCCCAAUCGAAGCUGCUUAUUGCCGUCACACCGCCGCCAUUGUUUGUAUCCAUCCUCCCCUAGCAUGGUGGCUCUACGGUGCAGUGGAGGCGCCGCCGCACACAUGGCGGCGCAUAGAAUAAAGGCCCCUCGGAACGGAGAUGGCCGCAGCGCCAUUCUUCCCAUGCGUGCCGGGAUCAGGGAGCUUCCGCUGAGGGCUUCCUUGUCACCGCCCUCGGUGUCUCCACGGACAGUGCGCUGCUCCGCUUUUCGUCGGCGUCGCACGGGGGGACAUUGCUUCCAGAAUAGGGGAAUGACUGAGGGAUGGGAGGCGCUGAAGGCGGCGACGGCCGACAUGUUCAGGCCCCUGCUCGUCAACAUUUCUGACAUGCGCUCUCUCAACACAGUUUACGACCUUGAAGACUACCAGAUUGGCAUGCUCUUUGGUGUUUUUGCUGGACUCGUUGGUGUUUACCAACUGUGGAGGGCAGCCCCUCCCAUCUUUGUUGAUGCUGCUCUUGGCUACAUCAUAUAUAAGCUCAGUGUCGUAUCAUCAGAACUGCAUCGGCUGCGCAAAUCCAACAGUUUAAUUAACCGGCUGAAAUUCGGGUUCUUGCUUUUCAUGGCCCUUAAGGAUUUCAAGAAUAAAUAUGUACUUCUUGAUAUUAUCAGUGAGUUUCAAUUUGAAGUGAAAGAACUACAUGGAUAAGGUUGCAAUCAUAAAAAGGAAACCAUGCUUAGAAGCAAACUGAAAAGGAUACAUUAUUAUUACCAUGUGUGGUGCAUAUUCGAUCGGGAACACAAAGCACAUGUUGAUACAUUUCUAUUAAGAAUAAACACAAUGCGUUUUCUUCUGGUCCACAUCAUUCUGGUGGAGCUCACUGCAUGAUUGCUGCCCGUGAGGAAGUAGUAAAGAGCCUUUGCAAAUUGUUGCAUGUGACCAAUGGCCAUGGGUGGCUUGCGCCGGUAUAGGUGAUGAUUGGAUCUUCUGUACAUGUACGCUUAUGUACACGUAUAGCAAAAAAAUUACCAUCGAAGAAAUUGUCUCAUAUGUUUGAGUCUGCCUUGUAAACUCAUUUUGUCGGACGGUUAAUUACCUGCUUGCGGGCCAUGUUGAACUGACAUUUCUUGA